CUGCAUGUUAGGAAAGAAAACCAGCUUCUCUGAUCCAACUGGGAAUCAAACUCUAACUGGGACAGAUUCACCGAAUACCAGUUCUGUGGUUCUGCAGGUGAUGGCGUGACCCCCCCCCAGUGAUGGAGGGUGUUGCGGUGUGGUUCUUCCAGCUGUGGAUGUUUGUGGUUCUGUUCCUCAUCAUGUUACCCGCCAUGUUCGGCCUCUCUCUGGGGGUCACCGGGGUCUACAUCCAGGGCCUGGUCCACAUCCUGGAGUGGGCGACGCUCCGGAUCCAGAGGGAACGGGAGCAGCAGAGCGGCGUUCCCGAUCCUCUGCCCAACGGAAUCAUUGAGCGUGGAGGGGGCUCCAUGCAGGAGGGGGUGGGGCGCCUGCGGGGCGACGGCCCCCCGACGGGCGGUCUCUUCUCCCUCAGCGACGCUCUCUUCUUCUACCAAACGGGGCUGGAGAGCAUCGUGGACGAUACGGUGACUCAGCGCUUCUCCUCCGAGGAACUCAACUCCUGGAACCUGCUGACCAGAACCAACCAGAACUUCAGAUACAUCAGCCUGCGCCUCACGCUGUUCUGGGGGGUCGGGGUGUUCGUCCGCUACGGCCUGCUGCUGCCUUUCAGGGUCACUCUGGCUGUGAUUGGUCUCUCCUGGCUCGUCAUAGGAACCGUUCUGGUGGGGCUGCUGCCGGAGAGCAGUGUGAAGAACUGGCUGAGUGAACUCGUCCAUCUGACCUGUUACAGGGUCUGUGCCAGAGGACUGUCAGCCACCAUCCUGUACCACAACAAAGAGAAUCGCCCUCAGAAAGGAGGGAUCUGCGUGGCCAAUCACACGACGCCCAUUGAUAUCGUGAUCCUGGCCAACGACGGCUGCUACGCCAUGGUGGGUCAGGUUCACGGGGGUCUGAUGGGGGUCCUCCAGAGGUCCAUGUCCAGGUCCUGUCCUCACGUCUGGUUCGAGAGGUCGGAGAUGAAGGACCGCCACACCGUCACCAACAGGCUGAGAGCUCACGUUGCAGCGAGGACUAAACUCCCCAUCCUCAUAUUCCCUGAAGGAACGUGCGUCAACAACACGUCAGUGAUGAUGUUUAAGAAAGGAAGCUUUGAGAUCGGAGGGACCAUUUACCCGGUCGCAAUCAAGUACGACGCUCGCUUCGGAGACGCCUUCUGGAACAGCUCGAAAUACAACAUGGUGAGCUACGUGCUGAGGAUGAUGACCAGCUGGGCCAUCGUGGUGAACGUGUGGUACCUGCCCCCCAUGGAGAGACAGGAGGAGGAGGACGCAGCUCAGUUUGCUAACAGAGUGAAGUCUGCCAUCGCCCAGCAGGGGGGGCUGCUGGACCUGGACUGGGACGGGGGUCUGAAGAGAGGGAAGGUGAAGGACUCGUUCAGAGAGGAGCAGCAGAAACAGUACAGCAGCAUCAUCACAGCCACCAACCAAUGAGAGGAGAGGAACACACACCUCCACCACGAUCAACAAGACACCUGUAAACAAUCAACAUCUGAUCUCAUUGUGUUUAUUUACAUCCUCCUGAGAAACUUCCCAAGUAAUCAAUAACACUUUAAAAACAUGAAAACGUGAAAACGUACGAUGUGAGAGAUGAUCAUGUGACCGGAUGUUAGCGAUCUGACAGGGGUCACCAAAAAAUAUGCUUUCUUAUAUAUAUCUAAAAACGUAUGAACAAAUGCAGAGGUGUAAAGUAACCAAGGACAUUUACUCAAGUACAAGAGUACCCCAAACGGACCAAAUGAAAGCAUUCAGUCCUGAUGACCUCUGAACUCUGAAUGUCCCAAAGCUCUUCCCAGAGGAACAGGAAGUUGGACCAAAAGUCAAAUGAGAAACAGGAAGAGGUCAUGUUGUGCUUUCAUCAGACCGUCCUCCUGAUCAUUGUCUUGUUGGAGAAGCUUUUUCAAAUUAAGUCGGAAAGUCUUUUUUAAUUGUAUUUUACCAGGAAUAUUUCCAAAUAAUCUCGUUUCUAAAAAUUGUUUAAAAAGCAUUUUUUUUUGCAUGAAACAAAUCACAUAAAAGAAGAAAGCGUCUGACUUUAAAAAAAGAAACAGACAGAAACUCAGUCACAUAAAACCCCAAAACAUAUGAAUGAUUCCUCAGAGUUCAGUACGUCCACCUCAGAGUUCAGUACGUCCACGUCAGAGUUCAGUACGUCCACGUCAGAGUUCAGUACGUCCACGUCAGAGUUCAGUACGUCCACGUCAGAGUUCAGUACGUCCACCUCAGAGUUCAGUACGUCCACGUCAGAGUUCAGUACGUCCACGUCAGAGUUCAGUACGUCCACGUCAGAGUUCAGUACGUCCACGUCAGAGUUCAGUACGUCCACGUCAGAGUUCAGUACGUCCACGUCAGAGUUCAGUACGUCCACGUCAGAGUUCAGUACGUCCACGUCAGAGUUCAGUACGUCCACGUCAGAGUUCAGUACGUCCACGUCAGAGUUCAGUACGUCCACCUCAGAGUUCA